CGUUUAUGUAAAUGUCUUGAUUGAAGAAAAAGAAAAAAGCCUUCUGCUCUACUCCGAAAUGGAGGUGUGGAUACGGAGCAUGCGCACUGUGUCCACAACUCUCCAGUCCCGUCCACAAGCGCAGACAUCAACAAGAGAAGAGCGGGUUACUGAUGCGGGCUGAUUUUGAUAAUAGUCACAUCAUAACGACGCCGCACACGGACUAUUACUUUGUAUCAACUUCACGCAACUUGCAACAAGAUGUUUGGCUUUCAUAAGCCAAAAAUGUACAGGAGUUUGGACGGCUGCUGCAUCUGCCGCGCAAAGUCGUCAAGCUCUCGUUUCACGGACAGCAAGCGGUAUGAGAAAGACUUCAGGAGCUGUUUUGGAUUGAGUGAAACACGAUCUGGAGAAAUCUGCAAUGCUUGUGUGCUCCUGGUGAAGCGGUGGAAAAAACUACCCGUGGGAACCAAGAAGAACUGGAAUCAUGUGGUCGAUGCCAGAGGUGGUCCCAGCCUAAAGAUAACUUCCAGGCCGAAGAAGAUAAAGUCCAUCUCUAAGAAAGCACGUCCAAUUCAGAUCAGCAGGCUGCAGAAAGAGCUGAAAAGAAACAAUUCAGAUGCCCACAGCACUACCUCCAGUGCGUCUCCCGCCCAGUCUCCCAGCUACAGCAACCUGUCAGACGAUGGCUCGGACACAGAGCUCAGUCCCGGGUCCAGCCGCUCUCCUGUUUUCUCCUUCCUGGACCUCACCUACUGGAAGAGGCAAAAAGUGUGCUGUGGAAUAAUCUACAAGGGGCGCUUUGGGGAGGUGCUCAUCGACCCUCAUUUGUUCAAACCGUGCUGCCGCAACAAACAACGGCAGCAGCAGCAAGAGGAAGAAGAAGAUGAGGAGGAAGACGAGGAGGAAGAGGUGGAGGUUGAGGAGGGUCAGGUGGGCGUGGAAGUCAGCAGGAUGGAUUCCCUGACCGAAGAGGAAAUGAAAGAGGCAGCAACCUGUGUGCAAAAUGCAGAGCCUGCUCAGCUAUGCGUCACCGUGACAACACCUUCAGGCAGGAGCGGGGUGGUGGCAGAAGAAGGAUGGUAAAGUCAAACCCCCCCCCUCUGCACACAUCUGUGAAUAAAUCUCGGGGUGCCGUUUUUUUUUUCUUGAGCACUUACAGAAAGAAGUUGCCUCAGACGGCCUUCAAUCAUAAAGCAGCUGCGAAUCCUUUGGUCUUCUCCGUUUAUAAUGUUGGAGGUUUGUUUAUUAUGUUGAAACGGUAACUUAUGGACUGUUGUGUUUCCACUUUGUCUCUUUUUUUAAUAUUUAAUAUUCUUACCAUCCUAAUGAUGGACCAUCAUUUGUAGUGUUUUUGAUAUACUUUAGGUAAAAUGCUGGAGCUCUAGUUUGCUGGUACAUAUAACAGAUUUUAUUCCAAAAGGCAAUAGAUCCACUUGUUACAGAAAAAAGUGCUACUUGAAACUCAUUACUCAACAUUUCAAAAAGUAUAGCCGAACCCAUUCUCUCAUAUAUCUGGAAAUAUUGUAAGCAUAUAUGUCAAGAUGACUAAUAUCACAGGAUUAGUUUUGCUUCCUUUUGUUGAGAGUAGUUAUCUCUUUUUCUGAAAUGGUGGUUAUGUUGUUUUGGAAUGAAUGACACUUUAUAUUGACAGAGCACAGAUCUGUACAGUAGCCCUUGUGUUUGUGUCUGUUCACAUCGACAUCCACUCCUAUCAGAGAGUUUGUGUUUGUAGACUGGAUUAGUGUCUCUGUGUGCAAAUAUGUGGGUCCCAUUUAGAUAAAGCCUAUUCACAGCUUCAACAGCAAAUACACCAGCCUUAAUUAUGUGUUACAGACAGUGCUAGUGUUAAUUCUGGAUUGGUAUUAAGGAACAAAAAGGGACAGUUGCUAUAUUUAUCGUGGCCUCAGCAACACAUAGUGCAUUUUUGCAUGAAUGGCAAGCUCACUCAUCCAAAAGAACUAAUGAUCUGAUGCAUGAGUAUACUAAAUUGCAUGGCCUUAUAUAAACUGUAAAUCUUACUUUUAUUUUUUUGGAUCCAUUUUUCUGAAGUUUUAACUUAUUUUUAUAUGUAAAAGAAAAAGAAAAAAAGAAAACGGAAAAAUAGAAGUGUCUUUGCAUAAUAAUACAACACAAUAUGACAGCAAAACACACAAUCGGUUUAUAGUCAUUCAGCAAUAUCAAUAUCAGUAAUUUCAGUCAUUCCCGGUUCAGUAUAUGGUAAAAAAACUUUAUACGAGUUGAAAUUCUAUGCCAUUGCCUCUUAUAUACCACAAAUGUGUUGUGAUAUAUAGCCUAAUAUUACUUUAUUUAUCAAGUGAAAGCCAAAGCACAUUGAAAUUCACCCAAUGUCAAAUCCAUGCAGGUUUUCUAUGGACACUUGUGCUUGUCCGAGGUCAUUUGUAUGUAUGUUUAUGGUAUUCUAAAAGAACACUAAUAUGAAAUUUCAUAUAUGUGAUGAUGUGAUGUUGUAGUUGGGAGCAGUGGGGGUGUUAUGUAUAUAAGGGGUUGGGUGAGCCAUUUGGUUCUUAUAUGGGUUUCAUUAUUUAUUUAUUUCAUAUUUAUUUGUAUCACUGCAUCCUCUCGCUUAGAAGUGUAAUACUACUCUUUUCAUCUUAAUCUUAUAUGUAGUAUGGUUUUUGUACAUCAGAAAUCAAAUGUAAUUCUCACGCAAGCUUCAUUUAAUGCUGCGUUGAAUUACCGGUUGUCAAUAUUUGUGAAGUGUUGUUAAGUAUUUAUUUACUCAUCAUUUGAGUUGUGUGUAACCUAACUUAUUUUCUACCAUCACUUUGGAUCUGUAUCACGUAGAACGAAACGACUGAUAGAUUGCAACCAAACUGUACUUUUCCUCUUUUAGCCUGUAGCUUAAAAAUGUUACAGAAUAGUAGGAUACUUAACUCUAGACUUGCAUGUACUGUUGCUAUGCAUUUACUUCGCUUACAAGUUAGAUAAAGCGGUUUUGUAUUUUUUAUACAUCAUGUACUUUUUUUACU